AUGGAGACAACGAAAAUCUUUAGUAAUGACAAGCUUAAAAAGGCCACCAACAAUUAUUAUGAGAGUAGAGUCCUUGGCAAAGGGGGUUAUGGAACUGUUUACAAAGGAGUAUUACCUGCUAACAAAGAGGUUGCCAUCAAAAAGUCCAAAAUAUGUGAUAAGAGCCAAAUCAAGCAAUUCAUUAAUGAGAUAGCAACAGAAAUAGCAAGAGCUCUUGCAUACCUACAUUCUGAAACUUCUAUGCCAAUUAUAUAUAGAGAUGUGAAAAGCAUUAAUAUACUAUUAGAUGAUAACCACAUAGUAAAAGUGGCUGACUUUGGAGCUUCAAGGUUGAUAGCUCUUGAUCAAACAGAAAUAACCACCUCGGUGCAAGAAACUCUUGGAUACUUAGACCCUGAAUACUUCCAAAUUGAGCAACUGACAAAAAAAGAUCACAUUGUCAAUGAGUGUAAUAUCAUGCCAAUAAAGGAAGUUGCAAAUCUUGCAAAUGGGUGCUUAAGGUUAAGAGGGGAGGAUAGGCCCACUAUGAUGAAAGUGGCAGCGGAGCUAGAAGGAUUGAGAAUUAUGGAAAAGCAUCCAUGGGAAAAGGAUAAUCAAACUACAGAAGAAAUGGGAUACUUGCUUAAUACACCUAUACUCUCUUUCAACAUUGAUAAUGGCCUUAGUUCUUCUGUAAAUGCAGUUAGUGGACAAGAUAGCAUGAUAAACCAGCUCUUUGAAACACCUAGAUGA